AUGUUCUCCCUGCGCGAAGAUAUUGCAUUCAUGGAAGAGGCGGGAGAGGAUAACGGCCCUGACGAGGGAGGAGGCCAGGAUUUCCGCGGAAAGUCUGGCAGCUCCAGGAAGGGGGGGCUGUCUGGUGUUCGAGCACAACAAAACCGCCAAUCUACAGCUGGAGGCAACAGUGAUAUAGCGGGGAGUGCAAAUGUUAUGGCGAAUAGCUUGGAUUUUAUGGAUGACGAGGAAGAAAGGGAAGCGAGAUUCAAUGAUGUCCUCGAAUAUAUACUCCCUCAAUUGGGAGUGUUUCCUCACCGCGAGCUGGGACAUGAUCACUAUGCAGAAGGUUCACCGAGUCACAUUGGAGUUUCGUAG